AUGGAACUCCAACCACUUGUAGUGAAGGGGAAGUGGCGCGCGGUGGCGCUAAUGGAGAUACGGAGGGUGGCGGAGGAGAGGAAAGAGAGGGAGAGAGAGACAGGGAAGAAUUGGGUAAAUGUAAGUGAACGAGUUGUGCGGUUUUCUCUAAUGGAAGGUCUCAGUCUCCUUGAUGAUGGCUCUGUUCGAUCUUCUGAACGGACCGUUACCGAGACUUCCCCUAUGCCCACCGGGAAUAACCUCUCAUCGGCUCAGCACUUUGUUUCCUUGAAACUGACCUCCCGUAAUUAUCUUUUUUGGCGGACGCAGAUGCUACCGUUUCUAGAAGGUCAAGGUCUUCUCGGCUUCAUCAAUGGUAGUAUACCGUACCUGGUCACAGCGCCAGUCGCUGCCGCCGACGCCGUUGCCUCGACUGCCGACAGUUUAGCGGCGGCGGGUGACCUCGUGGCUCGACAGGUGGCUUGGAGGAGGCAAGACAGGGCUAUCUUAUCCCUCUUGAUUUCGUCUCUUUCGGAGGAGACGAUGCGGUUCGCCGUUGGUCGUUAUACUUCACGACAACUCUGGCUCACCAUCGAACAAUCUCUCGCCUCUUCCUCGCGUUCUCGGGCGUUGCUGUUAUUCGGUGAGUUGCAAGCCCUCCGGCAGGGUGAUUCCUCCAUCGCAGAUUAUAUUGGUCGUGCACAGCUGUUGAUUGAUGAUUUAGCUCUUGCCGGUUGCGAUGUUACGUUAGACAAUCAAAACUUAUACGUCUUUCGUGGUUUGCGGUCUGAGUUUCGUCCGCUUGCGGCAACCCUAGCUCGGGGUGUUGCGGUCCCGCUUGCAGAGGUGGCGGAUUUCUUGGUGUCGCAGGAGUGGAUCUGCGCUGACGAGGGAGUCGGCGGUGUACCGCCAGUUGCGAUGGCCGCUGGCCGAGGCGGUGCAGCCCCUAGUCACGGUGGUCGUGGCAACGUGACACAGCAGUAA